AUGGCGCUUUGCCAAUUCCACAUUGUUUGCCCUCAACCCCCCCGCGGCCCCAAGUCGGUGCCAAGCAGUGCUUCACCGAUGUCCCCUGCGGGACACUCUUGCUUUCCUCCAACCCGCUUCACACCACCUCGGCUCCAGCUCCGCCACCCCCAGGCCCUUCCUGGGCCAAGCGGAGCCGCGGGACCAGGCACUGCUCGCUUGUGGGCCCUGCCGGGGGACACCGGGGCCGGGAGCCCUGCGGGGCCCCGCGACCAUCCUGGGGCUGCUCCGUGGGCCGAAGGGCGGAAAGAAGCAUAUCACGACCAGAGGCCCCCCCCGCGACCACCGGGCGCGGGGCACGCGCCCGGCCCCGUCCGCAGCCGGGGCUGCCCCAAGGCCGCGCCCGUGCCCGAGGAGCCUCCGCCGGCCUGCCGGGAGCCGCCGGCCGCGCCGGGCCUGCGGGCCUCCGCCACGAGGCGGCCAGCGGGACGCCCAGGCCCUGCUCCCGCCGCCGGCCCCGCCCCCCGCGCCCCCCCGCGCGGGCCCCGGGCCGCGGCCCCGGGCCGGUCCCCACUCACUGAGCAUCGCAGGCGGCGGGAGGCGGCGGAAGGCAGGCGGGGGCCGGCGUGGCCGGAGGGGGCUGUUACUGCACGCGGCGGAGCCGGGCGCUGCCAGCGGGCGCGCCGCCGCUGCCGCCUGCCCUGCGGGCCGGUGCCGGUGGCGCGGCCGGUGCUACCCGGGGCCCGGCGGGCGGCGGCGGCGGCCGCUCCAUGGCCCGGCUGA